AUGCAGCUCCUUAAGUCGACAUUGUUUAUAUAUUUCAUAAUUUAUUCUGGGUCCUUUUGUUCGGCCAAGUUUGGGUUAGAUUUCUUGGCUAGAAAGAUGAACAGCGCAGUUGAUUUGGCAAUGAACUACGCGAUUAUGAAUGAAACACUUUCGUUUAAGGAGGCGGCUGAUUUUACGGCCGACGGUGAGAGUUUUAUGAGCUACACUUUGGAGCCGGGGAGCGCAAUUAAGUUUUACUGUGGAACUUCUCAGACCAUUGAUAGCCGCCAGAUCCUUAUGUACCCUCAGGAUCUGAAAACAAACUCUCUGGCGCCCAUGUCAAAGAGUGGAAUUAAUCAUAGCAUAAAGCGGGUGGUUAGGAACUUUGACCUUUUCCGAAGCGAUUCGACUCUGAUUUAUGCGUUGGCUGAAUUUUUAGGUGGAGGUUACAUGAUCCAGUACCCAGCGGACUCUGUUAUUGUAUCCAAUAACCCUGACUUUAGCCUCAACUUUGCCUGCGUUUAUGAUCCCAAUGCUCCUUACACUGAUAAUGAACCUGAUGAGUUAAACGGUGGGGAAGAAAAGAAGGAUUUGUUGUACCGGUGGGUUGAGGUUAAAUUUAAGAAUGUGUAUCCAAUGAGUUAUGGUUGUGGUAGUAAGGGUUAUCCUUUGUUUAGUAACUUGAGUCCUGGAUAUGGUCUUGAUUUUCUGAGUGAAACUUUUUUGCAGCCUGGUAGUAACUGUGAAAUUGAGCCUAAACCUGGGAUGGUAAUUGGGAUUUACUGUGCUGUUGGUGAGACUUUUAAUGACGAGCUUUGCUUCCGUGACGCCAGUGGAAACAUUUUCUUUGACCAAAAUUACAAGCACUCUGGCGGUCUUCAUCUUCAUUUGUACCGCGUUCCUGACUCUGGCUAUGACUCUGACGUGAACUUUUUAUGUGAGUGCAAGGGUAAGAACGGCGAAACUAGGGCUCAGGUUCGCGUACGUAAAUAUUCUACUAUGAAUUGCGACUUGACUAAGAUUUUCUCGAACUAUAAGCCUGGGAAGAAGAUUACUCUUCAGGCUUGCAGGCGUGACUUACGUCCUGGCGAGUCUCUUAAGCUUACUGUUCCCGCCAAUUUUAGCAAGUUUAACUACAUGAACGCCAGCUAUUCUUCUCUUCUGGAGCCUAUUGAAGUUAGAUUUUACGCUUAUAGGCAAAAACUUGACGAUUAUCAGGUUUGUUUUGUUACUGUGCUAGCUCACAUCUACUCUACUGAGCUAUUAAGUUAUUUAUCUAGUUAUUUAUCCUAUCCUAGUGUAUUAGCUGUACGUAAGGUGAAGUUGAGAGAUUUGAUUGUUGGAAACGGUUUGGAUAUUGAGAAGUCUGUUGUGCCGGGCGGUGUACAGUACAUUUUCAAGUAUAAAAAGGAUUCGAUUCUGAUUUUAACGAGUGAAACUGUUUCUUUCGAGUACUUCUGGACUCUGUUUUACAAGAACCCGAGGGAACGCGAUGUGAUUUCAUAUUUGAACAUGAAUGAGAAGGUUGUUGCUGUCGUCAGCAUUGGGUUGUUUCCUACUGAUCCUUAUACUUAUGGUUGUGGAACUCGAAAUGACAUUUUCCGUAAGGAGCUUCUUGACUUUAGGAGUGAGCUGAUCAAUAACAAACCUGCUUCGAUCUGCAGAGUCGAUGGCAAAAACAGUCCCAUUGGGUUUUACUGUCCGAAACCCUUUCUACUUGAGCCCAGGGAUUGUUUCAAGUCUGUUCUGGUGUCGACUGAUGAGGGCGAGAAAUCAGUUGACCUGGUCAAAGUCGACAAGCACGCCCGACACUUUACCACCAAGAAUCUCGUCGUUCUGGACACAUAUUCUAAUGGCGGCCACGUGGGUCCAGCUCAGAAUGAAGGUGGUGCUAACUACGAAGAUGAUAACGAGUAUGUAAAUGCUAGUGAGAUUAUGUGUAAAUGUGUUGAUGAGGAGGGUAACUUGGUUGCUUCAAUCACUGUCCAGUUGGACAAACCCGUCGAGGCUGAGAAAGAGGGUGCUGAAGAAGAUGGUGGGAUUCCUGAACCUCAAGAGAAUUCGGGCGUUGAAGAGGAUACUGGGAUUCCCGAGACUACGAUAUACUAA